AUGCUGAGAUCCUGCCACAGUCGCUCAGGGGCCCUGCUGCUGGCCUUGCUGCUUCAGACCUCCAUGGAAGUGUGGGGCUGGUGCCUGGAGAGCAGGCAGUGCCAGGACCUCACCACGGAAAGCAACCUGCUGGCUUGCAUCCGGGCCUGCAAACUCGACCUCUCGGCGGAGACACCCGUGUUCCCAGGCAACGGGGAUGAGCAACCGCUGACCGAGAAUCCCCGGAAGUACGUCAUGGGUCACUUCCGCUGGGACCGCUUCGGCCCGAGGAACAGCAGCGGCACGGCGCAGAGGCGCGCGGAGGAAGAGGAGGAUGCUGCGGCGGGGGACGAUGGUCGCGCUGAGCCCGGCCUGCGCGAGGGCAAGCGCUCCUACUCCAUGGAGCACUUCCGCUGGGGCAAGCCGGUGGGCAAGAAGCGGCGCCCAGUGAAGGUGUACCCCAACGUCGCCGAGAACGAGUCCGCAGAGGCCUUUCCCCUGGAGUUCAGGAGGGAGCUGGCGGGCGAGCGCCCCGACGGCUUGGAGCACAUCCUGGAGCCCGACGCCGACGCCGCCGAGAAGGAAGAUGGGCCCUACCGAAUGGAGCGCUUCCGCUGGGGCAGCACGCCCAAGGACAAGCGCUAUGGAGGCUUCAUGACCUCCGAGAAGAGCCAGACGCCCCUGGUGACACUCUUUAAGAACGCCAUCGUCAAGAACGCUCACAAGAAGGGCCAGUGAGGGUGAAGGGGUCUUCUCACCCCGAGUUCCCUCCCUGCAUGAGCGAGCUACUCACCGCCGACCUCAAGCCUCCUAGUUAGCCUGUAGUUAGGAAUAAAACUUUUCAGAUUUCA